AUGCCUGAUAUUCACUACGCCACUGCAGACACCAAACCAUCUCGGAGCAGUCAUCACAGGCGUGAACGUGUGAGUCGCAGACAUGACGACCUCAAGAUCAUAUACGAAGGCAGCGGCAGCGGCGGCCGUGGCGGCGAUAUCCAGACAUCAGCAGUGGAGAACGCCGAGCCAAAUCCAGACACAUUGAACAAAAUCAUGAUAUGCGUCUACCGAAACAGUAAACGGCAAUUCGUACAAAAAGAAAUCUGGAUGAUGAGGCCAGGACAUCGGGACGACAUCUUUUCAGAAACAGCUGACCUUCGUGAAAGUGCAACCUUUCGCAAAGCCCUUCGCAGAGAUGUUGAUUUCUUCGAGGAGAUCAAUUGCCGAUACAGAAAUCAAUUGCGAGGCACCUUCAGAAAAUAUCUUAGCUUCAAAACAGUCAGCACUGUAAGGGUUCUUGGGUAUGGAAAUAAUAUGUUCGGACUCGCGGAUAUCAACGAAAAAGUAUUUUCGCCAGUCUUCAUGCGAGCCUACAACAACCCCAACCAUUCCCUAAUCCCGGAUGACCCCAAAUUCGAAUUCAACAGCUGGGUCGGGUGGUUCUGGUUGAAGCGUCGCGCAUUCGUCCUGAACAAGAAAGUCGACCUUGCUAUUGAAUUGGUUGAAGCUUACGAUCCUGAUCGUGUGUUGGGUGGGAUAGCUAUUGCACUGUUUGUCUACUUUACCCUCACCAUUACGUGGUUGGCUCUGGGUGGUGAUCCGAAUUACGUUUCUGGCGUCAUGUCUUUCGUUCUAUCCAUCCUUGCAGUUCUGGUCGGACUGACUGGCUUGUAUGAUUGGCUGGACCUAGGACAUAUGGGUGGUGGAAAAGACUUCCUAGUUCUUAACGAGUAUGAGCUCAACCAGCUGGACAGAGACGGCUGGGGAGGGCCUAUCGGAUGA